AUGCCUCAAGAUAAUCGUGGCCCGAGUAAUUGUAUCGGAACGCACUCUCCAUUAGACAAAUGGAAUAGCUGUAGUUCGCACCUGAAUGCUCCUGAGCGUCUCCCGAAACAGCACAUUCGCAGUAUCCACAUCUAUGAUUUCGAUAACACACUAUUCAAAUCCCCGGCUCCAAAUCCAAAUCUAUUAUCUUCCUUCUUGACUAAUUUAUUGACUGACCCUCAGCGACUCAGCAAUGGCGGCUGGUGGAGUGAACCGCGUUUCCUGGAAGAACUUGUAGAUGAAUGGAUCGCGCUGAGGUCAUCCACGUCGAAUGUCGUGGAGCAGGAAGGAAUAGAUGAUGGCUACUGGAACAGAGACAUUGUUGAGCUAUGCAGACUGUCUCAUAAAGAUCCCCAUACAUUAUCAAUUUUGAUGACGGGUCGCAAAGAGGCCCAUUUCGAGCCUACGUUUAAGAAGGUGUUGGAUCAGCCGAUUUUUGGUUCUGACAAACUUCACUUCAACGCAGUAUGUUUAAAAAAAGAUGGUUUUAAGACCACUAUGCUCUAUAAGACUGCAUGUCUCACGGAUCUUUUGGUCCAUUACGACCGGUGUGACGCCAUCACCAUCUAUGAUGACCGGCCCCGACAAUUGCAUGGAUUUAGACAAUUUUUGAACGAAUUUGUGGAAGCUAUGCGUCCGUCCUUGCAGUUCAACUUGGUACACGUUCCUGGGAUUAUCAAAUUCCUCAAGCCGUCGAAAGAAAGACACAUUAUUACAGAGAUAUUCAAAGAGCACAAUGACGCGGUUAGCAACGCUAUAUUUCAGCCAUCUACUAUAAAAGAACAGCAUUUUUAUAUGGGAAAAAUGUUUAUCAAGGAAAAGCGCCUGUGCGCCGCCUAUGUGUUGACUACCGCGUCACGGCAAGAGCUGGCAAAGUACUUCGUCAGCGAAAUGGGCCAUCUGAUCGAUUCUAAUGGCACUCGAAUAGCUGCCAGAUCAAUACCAUGUACCCAGUAUGGUACAAUUACGACGCGCAAAAUUGCCACUAUGAUCAUUAGUGGCUGUCGAACCGAACCUACGGAGGAAAUUAUCGAAAAAAUUAUGCAGGCCAUGAAUAGCGGCGUGGAGAAGUCUCGAAUACGCUUUCGCAUAAGUCGUUUCGGGAUUUCGUCCAGUGGAGAUUGCGUUUGUGAUUUGGAACCCGAGGAUGAAAAACGCUACACCUACACCGAGUUUGCCACACUCCGCUUGCUAGUUGCUACGGCAGGUCGUCAACAAGACAUCGAUACAACCUCCAAUUUAUAUGUUGACGAACUUUUUGAGUGGAGAUCCGUAGAGGAGCCUGCACCCAUAAUUGAGACGGAUUUUGGAUAUGUCUAUGCCCUCACCGCUAUCAUGGCCAAGAAAGCUAAAAAGUCAAGAAGAACUCGACCUCAGUCUUGA